AUGGACGUCGUCGAUCGCUCGGAGCGGAACGGACCAUCGCUCAACAUCAACAGAACGCUCAACAGCAACCCGCUCGUGUCAAACCUCAGCGAUGUCAUAUCGACGUUUCGUCCAACAAAGCUGCUGCGUCGCGACGAUGUCAAGGACGGCCGUCCCCAACCUCACGUCCUUUCUAUGGAUUUCGACGACGCAGGGGAGCUCCUCAUGACGUCGGCCAGCGACGAAACUAUACAGAUUUACAACGUCAGAGAAGGGCGGCAUCAGAAGAGUUUGCUGAGUAAAAAGUACGGCGUCAAGCUGGCCAAGUUCACACACACCAGCUCCAGUAUAAUAUACGCGAGCACGAAACAGAACCAUGCCAUACGGUAUCUUGCUACGCACGACAAUUCUUUCAUCCGAUACUUUGAGGGUCACGACGACAACGUUACCUGCCUUGCCGUUCAUCCUGGCACCGACAAUUUCAUCUCGUGCUCGCAAGACAACUCCGUCCGCCUCUGGGACACCCAGACCAAGCAUUGGCAGGGACAGUUGCUGCUCCGCAACCCUUCCCUUGCCGCGUAUGAUCCAUCGGGCACCGUCUUUGCCAUCGCUUGCCCCGGCAGCGGUACGAUUCUUCUCUACGACGCGCGAAAUUACGACAAAGCCCCAUUUGCGACCGUUGAUGUAGUAGAACAGUGCCGCGGCAUCGAUCCGCAGCACGUCAUCAACGGAUGGACAAAGCUCGAGUUCUCCAAUGAUGGCAAGUCGCUCCUUGUAGGGACCAAAGGAAACGGCCACUUUUUGCUCGACGCCUUUGAGGGAAAUCUCAAGGCGUAUCUGCACAUGCCUGGUGGGGGAACCAGGCGGCCCGGCGAGGCGGCAACCACGAUCAACGGCGGCGCUGCCACCAACUCGACCGACGCGGAUUGCAGCGGGGACUGCUGUUUUGCCCCCGACGGACGAUUUGUCAUAAGCGGAAGAUCCAGCCAGGAUGUGUUAGUUUGGGACACGCUGAGGCCAACGCCAGAGAACAAGAUGAUGGAGCCGUCAUGUACGCUGCCAGACAAGAGGCCGGCGGCUGUCGUGGCAUUUAACCCUCGCUUCAACUUCUUCGCCACGGCAGAUGAAGAUCUAGUUCUCUGGUUGCCAGAUCCCCAUGUAUAA